AUGGCUUCCGGGUACGAAGACGUCAUGGCCUUGGACGAUAACAUGUCCUCGCACAACACAUCUGGCUCGGCCUCCGCUGCGGGCCCGUCGGGAUCCUCGUCGACCUCGCGCCAGGCCCGUGUCAAGAGGAAGAAGAGCAUCAAGUCCGAAACCUCGAUCGAGCUCAAGGGGCCCAUGGAGGUCGACGGCUCCAUCAAGUCCAUGGGAGGCGUCGCCUUCUCGGGCGACUUCGCCGUCAGAGACAGGAUCGAGGCGUACGGCAACAUCGACGUCCACGGGAACCUGACCUGCAAUAGCAAGAUGAAGUCCUUUGGAAACGUCAAGAUAAACGGCAGCGGAGUUUGCAGGGACAAGGUCAAGAUCUUCGGGAAGUUGAAUAUAACGGGCACGUUUGAGGCACAGGGCGCCAUCGAGGUGUGGGGUGCUGUUACCAUCGACGGAUACAUGAAAUGCAAAUCCUUGACCGCGUACGGAUCUCUCACCACCGUUGGGGACCAGUCAUGGUAUGAGGUCGAAGAUGAUGAGACGGUCUGGGGAGCCAAGUUAAUACAAAGGGACGGCUUUGAGGGUUAG